AUGUCUUCUGCUCCUCCACCGGUUACCAACAAGGCCCCUAUUGUUCCCCAGCACCCAGUCGUGAGCCAAACAGGGCUGCCGGGAGCUUUCAUGGUCGAGCUGCUCAUCUUCAACGGUGCUCCAUUCAAAGACCACUGGGCAUACUGGCUAUGA